AUGGCCGUCGCUGUGCAGGCCGGCGACGUCGACGCCGUCGAACGGCUGUGGCGCGACAAGUGGCAGGCCCUCGACGAGCGGGGCCGGGGCGCCGUGUCCUUCGCGGAGCUGCCCCAACUCCUCGACGAGCUGGGCGUGGCGCUGACGCCCCAGGAAUUGGAGGAUGCGGCGGCGCGGAUCCAGAAGUGGCAGGGGUCGCGGUUGCUAUUGCAGGGUUUUUUGAGGUGGUUCUUGGGCGACGGCGGCGGCGACCGGUUGCUCGGCCAGCAGAAGGGCGACAAACGGAAGCUGCGGGCGGCCGAGGCCGAGGUCGCGAAGCUCCGGGGCGAGCUCGACGCAUUGCGAAAGGAGCAGGCCGAUCGCGUGGUGGCGGAGGCGCGGCGCAAGGGCGACGAGGCCGCGCUCGUCGCGCGCGCCGAGGCGGCCGAGAAGCUCGUCGAUGAGUGUCGGGCGGAGCACGCCGGGGCGCUGGCCGAGCAUGAUACGAAGCUCGAGGCGGUCCGCCGGGAGGGCGCGGCGGCCCUGGCCAAGGCGCAGACCGACGGCGCGGCGGUCGACGCGCUGCGGGCGCGGCUCGCGGCGGCGGAGAAGGACGUGGAGGAUGCGCGGAAGGAGGGCGCCGCGGCGCUACAGAAGGCCGAGCGCGAGGCCGCGGACGCCCUCGCCACCAACAGCACGGCCCUCGACGCGUUGCGCGCCGAGCUCGAGGCGGCGAAGGCGCAGGGCGACGAGGCCCUCGACGCCGCCCGCCGGGAGGGCGCCGAGGCGCUGGAGCACGCGAAGAGUGACGCCGCGGCCGCGCUCGAGGCCGCCCGCCGGGAGGCGGCGGAGGCGCCGACCGACGACGCGGCGCUCGGGGCCCUGCGCGCCGAGCUCGACGCGGCGCGCGAGGCGGCGCUCGACGACCUGCGCGCGGACCACGAGGAGGCCCUCGCCGCCGCGCGCGAGGAGGCGGCCGAGGCCCUCGCUGCCGAGGCGGCGGCGCGGGAGGACGACCUGCGCGCCGCCACCGCGCGCGAGGAGGAGCUCGCCGCGGCGCGGCAGGAGCUCGCCGCGCUGCAGAAGGCGUCGGAGGGCCACGCGGCCGCGCUCGCGCGGGCCCGCGCCGAGGGCCAGGCCGAGCUGCAGGCCGAGGCGGCGGCGAAGGCCGAGGAGGAGCUGGCCGCGCUGCGCCGCGAGCGCGACGAGGCCAAGCAGGCCCUGAAGCUGGCCAAGGCCGAGGCGACGCGCGCGUCGCGGUCGGCGUCCGCCGCGCGCGCGGCCGCCGCGCGGCUCCGCGAGGAGGCGGCGGCGGCGAAGGCGCCGAAGGCCAAGCCGGCGCCCGUCGCGCCGGUGGCGAAGGCGGCGGCGCCUGCGCCGAAGGCGGCGCCGGCGCCCGUCGCGCCGGUGGCGAAGCCGGCGCCGAAGCCGGCGCCUGCCGCAAAGCCGGCGCCGGCGCCCGCCGCGGCGCUCGACGUCGCCGAGGCCGCCGCCGCGCCGGACGCGGCGGCCGCGCCGGCCUUCGCGGCCGGCGCCCGCGUCGAGGCGCGCUUCGAGGGCAAGGACACGUGGUACGCGGGGACCGUCGCGCGGCACGCCGGCGGCGACCGCUACGACGUCGCCUACGACGACGGGGAUCGCGAGUCGAACGUCGCCGCGGCGCUGAUCCGCGCGUACGUCGAGCCGGCGCCGGCGGCGCGCGGUCCCCCGGCGGCGCUGCUGGACGUCGCCGAGGCCGCCGACGGGCCGGACCCGGCGCCGGCGCCGCUCCCCGCCGCCGCGCCGGAGCCGGCCGCCGUCGAGGCGCCGGCGGCGGCCGAGGCGGCCCUUCUCGACCACGCGGAGGCCUGCGACGGGCCGGAUCGCCUGUUUGCCGUGGGCGACCGCGUCGAAGCGCGGUUCGAGGGCAAGGCCAAGUACUACGCGGGCGCCGUCGCGGCCGUCACGGCCACGGGCUACGACAUUGCCUACGACGACGGAGACCGCGAAUCCAACGUCGCGGAGGACCUCAUCCGACGGCCUCUCCCCGCCACCGCCGCGCCGGAGCCGGCCGCCGCGGAGGCGCCGGCGGCCGAGGCGGCGCUCCUCGACGUGGUCGAGAUGUGCGAGGGCCCGGACGCCGUAGAGGAGCCGGCCACCGUCGCGACGCCAGAGCCGGAGCCGGUCGCAGCACCCGUCGAGGCCUCUGUCCUUGACGUGGUCGAGGCCUGUGAGGGCCCGGAUGCCGCGGAGCCAGAGCCCGUCACCAUCGCGACGCCUGAGCCUGAGCCGGAGCCGGUCGCCGUCGCAGUUCCGGAGCCGGCACGCGUCGAGGCGGCCCUCCUCGACGUGGUGGAGCCGUGCGAGGGCCCGGACGCCGCAGAGGAGCCGAUCACCGUAGCGACGCCUGAACCAGAGCCUCUCGCCGCCGCCGAGCCGGCAGCCGCCGUCGCGGCCAUCCUCGACGUCGCGGAGCCCUGCGACGGCCCCGACCGCCUCUUCGCCGUGGGCGACCGCGUCGAGGCGCGGUUCCAGGGCAAGGCCAAGUACUACUCGGGCAUCGUCUCGGCCGUCACCGCGCGAGGGUACGAUAUUGCCUACGACGACGGCGACCACGAAACUGGCGUGGCGGAGGAGUUGCUGCGCCGGGAGUUCGAGGAGCCGAGCACGCUGGCGGGCGACGUCAUCGAGGACGAGUUCGACUACGACUUCGAGCCGCUGCAGGAGUUCGGGUUCAGCACGCGGCGUUUGGGGCCGGAGGCCUACGUCGAGCUGGCCGCGGGCGGCGCCCCGAAGGAGGAGGUCGUGGCGCUGCUGGUCCGGGACGGAUUGUACCCGACCGCGGAGGCGGCGGCGGCGUUCCUGGACGCCCAGGACGUCUACGACACCGACGAGGUCCUGAGCGGCCCGCUCGACCAGUGGGGCGGGGACCACGUCGAGGCCUGCUGGCCCGUCGUCACGACGCACACGGACGUCUACGUCGGCACCGCUGAUAAGCGCCACCCCGGCGGCAUCAUCAAGCGCGACGCGGACCCGCGGAACCGCGGCGCGAGCGCGCGGCGCGUGACCAUCGGCGGCGUCGCCACGUCGAGCGCCGGCGGCGCCACGCCGCUCAAGAUCAAGACCUUCGAGCAGCACGACCCCCCGUCCCAGAUCCAGCAGACGGCCGAGGAGGCGACGUCGUCGACGCUCUACGACGCCGCCGCCUUCGCGACGCCGGCGGCGCCGGCGGCGCGCGCGUGGCAGCCGCCCGGCGUCGCCGUCCCGGGCGUCGCGGACGACGGCAGCGGCGACGACAUCUACGACUUCGAGGACGACGAGGAGUUCGCCGAGGACGCCUCGCCGGCGCGGCCCCCCGCGGUGCAAGGGGCGCGGCCGGACCUAGACCUCGACGCCAUGAUCGCCGACUUCGAGGGCGCCGCGGCCGCGGAGGAGAGCGACGACGGCGAGUACUCCGACUCGUUCGAGGACGACUAACUUACUGCGUUACCCCC